GUGUUAGUGCAUUGUUUUUAGUGUGAAAGAAAUAAUCUCUUAAAUAUUUUAUUAUUUUUUACUGGAAAUUAUUGGAUUUUAAUUACAAAUCAGCUUUGAAACGAGUAAUAAACAUGUCAAUGUUUGCCAGGGGUGCUUUGAAAACAUCAUUAGCGUCUUCUUUAUCGGCGAAUAAAGCGAGUUUAAAGAAUUCUCAUGUCAGAGGUUUGAUGACAUCAAUUUUAAGACUUCAUGAUGAUCAUCCGAACAAGAAAUCUGACAAACCUUUAAGUCCUAGAAUGGAAGAAUUUCAAAAGAAGUUGCGUGCGAAAACUCCGAUAGGGAAGCUUGAUGAGAUCCAAGGAAAGCAUCCAUAUGAAGAGAAGGAACCACUUCCAGCUUUCCCUAACAACACAAAUCCUAAAACAGGCGAAAUUGGCGGACCUCGUGGACCUGAACCAACAAGAUACGGCGAUUGGGAGAGAAAAGGUCGAGUCACAGAUUUUUAAUAAAUUUCUAAUUGCUUAAUUAGUGAAGUUAAUGAAAGUGAGUUAUCGAAGCAUUCUAAACUUAUUUUUAUGAUGAUAAUUGAAGUGUUAGUCAAAUAAAUUAUGAGAUAACAAGCAUCAUCUCAAUAUGUUCAUAGAUUAGAAUUAAUAACACAUUUGGUUUACUUAUAAACUGAAUGAGUGCUUCUGAACAUCAAAUAAACAAUUUAAACGAUAAGAUAAA